AUGAAGGGGGGACUCAACAGAGUAAAGGCAGCAGAUAUCGAAUUGAAGGACGAUCCAAGUUGCAUAGACUCGAUCAUAUUCAACGAUAUGGAGAUGGGAGGAGAGAACUACAGUGUGCUUGACAAUGCGGAUGCAAGUUUCCUUCGCAGUUUUCCCGAUUCCGGAGAUGGCAGUCUGAGCUACACGGGUGCCAACGAGACCCCCUUCCAGGAGCUGAGCGGCGAAGACGCGAAGCGCACACCAGAAAUGGAACUUAUCCUGGAAGACCAUUUCGAAGCCCGACGAAGUGACAACCUUUUCGAGGUGCACAUAUUUAAGGAGAGUCAGAGUGGGCAGCUGGCCGAGACUCCCGUGGGACAUUUAGAAAGAGAAAAGGAGGAGUCUCCCAAAGGUGUCGUGGUUAACUCAGUUGGAGAUACUUGCGUGGUUAACUCAGUUGGGGAUACUUGCGUGGUUAAGUCAGUUGGUGAUUCUCGCGUGGUUAACUCAGUUGGUGAUUCUCGCGAGGUUAACCACAUGGGGGACGAUCACGUGGUCAGCCAUGUUGGGGACACCCGCGAGGUCAGCCACGCUGGUCAGCUGGACCAUCUUAACAUCCUUUGCGACGUCGACCCAUGUGUGCAUCAAAAGAGGAACGCUUUUAGGUGAAUGCCCUACGACGAGUGCGCCCUGACGAACGGCUUCUUCGACACGAUAGAAAAUAUUAACACAAAGGUGGUGGAAAAAUACAAAAACUUGAAAGGAGUUUCAGAAAAUUUAAUCGGGAUUGUUACGAAGUCUGACUUCGAGCAUAGGAUAGACGAACUGCUCAGAUUCAGCGAGAGGAACUCUGUGCUCAUCGAGGAGUUCCGCAAGCAAAGUGAGGAGUGCAUUCGUCGGUGCCGCAAGUUUGAGACGUCGUCUGAGCAGCUCGUCGGAGAAUGUAUUGAUACUUUAGCAAAUAGCAGCAUCUGUUACGCAGAGUGGAGCGAACCGGGGGAGCGCGGAAAGGGCACGACGUCCCGGAUGUUGCUCAUAGAGGUGAGAAACAUAACAAGCCUAUCCAAGCCAAGACCAAACCCCGCAUGA